AUGAGGAGAAGUAUUGUAUUUAUGAAACAUUUUUACAAGAUGGUUGGUAGUCAAGCAUCAGUGAACAGACCAAUUCCACGAGUACAUGAGAGUUGUGUGACAGGGAAUGACGAUCUCCCAGGCAACUGGAUUUUUACUUUAAAUAUAAAUAUUUCAAAGCGAAAAAAAACUGAGCUUGUAACAGCUUUACUUGCUUCACAUGCUCCAAAACGUCUGCAUAUUACAGUAGGCGAUCUUAGCUCCAGGCACCACAAGAAUUUCUCACACGAAAAUCCAAAUGGCUCAUUCAUUCAGAAGGUUACACUCAAGAGCUUGAAAAGAACUCAAAUGAAUAAUAUAAUAUAA